UACAGAUACAGUGAAACCUUUAUAAAAAAUCGAUGAAAUUAUAAAAGAAUGUUGCUGCUAUAUCAUCUAUUAUAAAUGAAUAUUCAUAUAUUGAACAUAUAGAUUAAUGAUGCCCGAGAUAAGGGAUGAAGACGCCGGCUCAUGCUAAAUAUUCAUGAUAGUCUGUGCUGUGCCGCGGCCGUCGUGCCGUGACCGCAGCCUCCCAAAUAUGGGCAGCACCGCCAGAGCUCAUGGGGCACCAAAACAAAACGGGUCAAAGCCCGUGGUGCCCGUGGUGCCCAUGGGGCCCGUGGUGCCCGUUGAUCCGUUAGGACCCGUAGAGCACGGGCCAGUCGAUGUAGACAAUUGCUUGGCCCGUACAUCUGGUGGCGACGAUGACUCAUCGGAAGAGGGGGAGGUUAUAUCCCAUUUUGGUGGUCGAGAAACCGCCACCCCGGGUUUCCAUCUGCCAGGUGGUGGGAGUUGGUGGGGGCGGGUGGUGACCAUCUGCUUGCUUUUGCUCAGCUGGCUGUCGCCACAGACGGUUCGUGGUGCCGCCCUGUCGCCUGCCAGAGCUUUCGUCGGCGACGAAGCCCAACGCUACCUGAUGCAGUACGGUUAUCUGCCCAUGAGCGACGUUGAGAUGGGAAAUCUUAGGACGGAUGACGAGCUCACCGAUGCCGUGAAGAGAUUGCAGAUGUUCGGCCACAUUCCCGUGACUGGCGUGGUCGACGCAGCAACAAAGGAUCUAAUGCGGCGACCGCGCUGCUCUCUGCCAGACAUACCGCCUGACGAGGAAAACAACCGCGUACGGCGCUACAUCAAACAGGGGAGCUCGUGGGACAAGACCCACCUAACCUGGAGCAUUGUCAGCUACCCAGAACGGCUGGACGGUCGUGCUGUGGAGAGGGAGCUGCAGCUCGCCACCGAGCUAUGGGCGAGACCCUCCCGUCUGCGCUUCACGCACGUCACAGAACAGACCUCCACUGCCGACAUCGUGAUGCAGUUCAACAGAGGUUAUCACGGCGACGGCUACCCGUUUGACGGGGCGGGUCGCACGCUGGCCCACGCCUUCUACCCUGGACCCGGCAUCGGUGGAGACAUCCACUUCGAUGCCGACGAAAAAUGGGUCCAACAUCUGGACUCUCAUAAUGGAUCGUACGAGGAGGUGAGUUUGUUCCUGACGGCGGGGCACGAGAUAGGGCACGCCCUGGGCCUCUACCACAGCCAGGCCCAGAACAGCAUCAUGAGCCCCUACCUCUUCACCUACGGGCCUGGCACCUACGAACUGCCCCAUGAUGAUGUCGCCGGCAUACAGGACCUAUACGGCGUGAACGAGAACUACGAGUCUUCCUCAGAAACUAAGGCUCAAGAGGAAGGGGACUUCAGCCCCGGGGUGGUGUCCCCCACCUUAGACCCCUCAGUCCCGUCCUCUCCCGCCCCUCCCCUCUCGUCAGAACCAGACCCCUGCGACACAAGCUACGACGCCAUCAGCGUCAUACGGCGCGGCGUGUACAUCUUCAGAGGCAAGUUCUUCUGGCGUAUCGACCAGAGAACUGUGAGCCAGGAGCCCGUGGAGCUCUCGCGCUUCUGGUACUGCCUGCCGCCCAACGUGACGCACGUCGACGCUGUGUACGAGCGCCCCCAUCAGGACACCAUCGUCUUCUUCAGCGGCCGGCAGUACUUCGUGUGCCGCGGCAACGAUGAGCUCGUGGACUCAGGGCCGCUGAGGCGCCUGGGGCUGCCCGCUGACUUGGCCCGCCUCGACGCCGCCUUCGUGUGGGGCCACAACACCCGCACCUACUUCAUGGCCAACACCAUGUACUGGAGGUUCGACGAGUCCAUCCAGCACGUGGAGCUGGACUAUCCUCGCGACAUGUCCAUGUGGAAGGGCGUUCCUUAUGACGGUAUCGACGCCGCCUUCAAGCUCAACGGUACGACCUACUUCUUCAAAGGUAAAGUCUUCUACGAGUUCGACGACCUGCGGAUGAAGGUGCGACCGAGGAGCCCUCUCCUGUCCGCGCCCUUUUGGAUGGGCUGUCCCGACAACAUCGCUAACCCCCGACAUGCCCCAGGCUCGGUCGCCAGUGGGGCAGUCGCUCCCCAAGUUGCCGGGACAAUAUCCCUGGUGUCCACGGCGCUGGUGUUCCUCGUGGCUCUGAAUAUCCUCAGUAUUAAAUCACCGCACUCGCUCCACCGCGUCACGUGAUCGAGUCUUCGAAUUAGAUGAUUUAAACAAAAAAAAUUACGCAUUGAAGGAAUAAAUCGAUUGUGAUUUCUUUCUUUCUUUUCAAGUUUUGUAAAAUUUGACAUUUUUCUUGGAUACUUCUCUGAAUUCAACGAAAAUCCAUGUAAUUAAGAGUCAGUACAGAUGAUCAAAAUUAUUGGCGAUUAGAAACAAAUUUGAUUAUUGCCCACAAAAAAUUUCUACAUAGGUGGUUCGUUAUACGUUGAACCACGAUGGUACGUUCAAUGACGAAUAAAAUUUUGUCUGCAGUGUGUUAUACUAGUCUGAAAAACACUGAUCAAUCGAUUGAAAAUUUACAAUAUCGGAAUCUACAUUUAAGAAUUUCAAUUUAGGUUAAUUAUCUGAUAAUGCAAUAGUUUUACACAUGGUAUUUCAAUAGAAUUCUCAACGACCUUCCGAACGCUACUUGAUCUCAAUUUUUGUUGAUUUUAGUCGGUAACAACAAUAUAAUCAAAAUAUUUUUGAUGGCGAUAUUCUUUGUUGAUAAAUGUCAAGUUUUUCGAUGUCUGCGGUUGGAACAAUAAUAAGUCGAGUAUUGCAAAACGACUUAAUAACUGCACGUAUUGAGGUCAGGAAACGUUCUUCUAUGCCUCCUAAUAAUGUUUGUGCUAUAUUAUUUAUUGCAGUUCUUCUUAUAUAGAACAAUUACUCUAUUUGGAUUAUGAAUUUAGCUCUUUGAAAUUUUCCAGUUCAUGACGAAGUUAAGAUUUGAACUGAAUUUCUUUGGUCCAUCAUCUUACCCGAAUCCUGAUUCAAAGAAUCAUACGCUUGAAGUAGAAUUAAAUUGCUUAUAAUAACCUUCACUAAAAUCAAUCAACGUGCUUCAUUAUUGUUUUAUGCUUGCAUGCACCCACAAUAAUAUUAUAGUAUAACCUCAACUGUCGAAAAUAUUCAUUCAGAUAAUCUCCUGAUAUAUUCUUGUAUCAAUUAUCCAAUCGCUCAUUAACCUGUAUUAAGCAAAUAUAUUUCCUUGUCUUAUACUUCAUUGUCGCCAAAUAAUAAUUUUAUCA